ACGCAAAAGCACUGCAGCCUCCACAGAUGAUAAUAACAAGACAAGCAGGAGCUGUCAGUUUCGCAUCAAACAAUAAAUCAGGGCGUAACGUUUCUAUUCUAUUUUAAUGACUAAAAUAGUGUAGUUUAGUAUUGUACAAGUCGUUAAAAUGAAUACACUCGAUAAACAAUUAGCGGAUCUACGAAUAUACGCGAACGAAUUGGAAGCAAAACUCCAAGAUGAUAUUAACGCGGCUAUGAAAAAACCUUCAAUUCCACCCAAAAAAAAUAAGCCUCCUCUGCCUCAAAUACCUCAAAGUUGUAUGGUGAAGUCUGCCUGCGAACCGUCCUAUUCAUCUAGACUAGAAUAUGGUAGUCGCACUAGUUCUACAUACUCAAACUUAGUCCCUGUAAAGAGUUGCAUCGUGCGGAAUACAGCUAGAGUGCGCAGCGGUGAUGUUUUGCUGUACAGCAAUGUACUGCCUCCCGGGGGCACCAACCAUGUCUACUCCAAUGUUAUGAUGCAGCGCAAUGCUUACGGCGGUGACAGUAUUUACGGUGAUCGGGAUACGAGAUCAGAGGUGUCUAGAAUUAGCGAUUUAGGUGCACAGUCUAAUUACAGUGAGUUGCGGCGACCCGGCUCCGCAUAUCCCCCAUCUUCCGCGUCUGUUAAUGCUCAGGACUUUUCUACUUAUGGUGGAUCUCAGACGUCAUCUACUUACGAGUCCCUGUACGAGCCCAUUAAUCCUAGACCAUGCAGUCAGUUGUCUGGCACGUCCCUGUACGGCGGCUAUGUAGGCACCACAGUGGAGCCCACUCCGGAACCUGAUGAUGCACUGUAUUGUGGUAACUGCUACAAAUGUGGUGAGAAGAUCAUGGGUGAGACAACUGGCUGCACUGCCAUGGAGAGGAUCUAUCAUAUUAAAUGUUUCUGCUGUCAGCAAUGUGGAAUUAACUUACAAGGUCGCCCCUUCUAUGCAGUGCAAGGGCGAGCACUAUGUGAAAGGGACUACUUGGAUACUUUAGAGAAAUGUUGUGUAUGUGGCGAUCCUAUCCUGGACCGCAUCCUGCGGGCGACAGGCAAACCCUACCACCCCCGUUGCUUCACCUGUGUGGUCUGUCAGAAGAGUCUUGAUGGAAUACCAUUUACAGUAGAUGCAGUUAACCGCAUACACUGUAUUGAAGACUUUCAUAAAAGAUAUGCGCCUCGCUGCGCGCGUUGCCGUGAGCCGAUCGUUCCAGAGAGCGGCGCAGAGGAAACGGUUCGCAUCGUAGCUCUAGAUAAGAGCUUCCAUGUCGCGUGCUAUGCCUGCGAGGACUGUGGGACCUCGUUGUGCUCCAGGCAGGAGGGCCGUGGCUGUUACCCACUCGACGAUCAUCUCUACUGCAGAGAGUGCAACGCCCGCCGCAUUCAGGAUCUCUCUAGGAAUAUUAACUAACUCUAUUACCCUGUAGCAUUGUUAUCUUUUGAUUUCGAAAGCAAACAUUUCGUGGCUAAUUGUGGCUCGGAAUUGUGUCACUGUACUUGUUAUGCUCAGAUCGCGUUUUAUAACUUUCGUGACGUUGAAAUAAUUAGUAGCAUGCUAUAGAUGUUCAUCCAUUCCGAAUGUAAUUAGAGUAAAUGGAAUACUACUAAUUGUUAGUGUGUCAAUAUUCAAAUCAUGUAUAAAUAAUAAAUAUUGAAGAUACACCUCGCGCUGUUUAGGUUGCAGUAACACCUAGAAUGUAAUUAAGUUAUGCCUUCUCAGUUUUAAUUUGUAUAUAAUUUAUUGGCGAUAUACUUAAGUGUGUAAGAAACUUAGAGUAAGUGAACAAUGUUGACUAAACAUUCCAUAAUGCAUUUAUUUGAUAGAAGGCUGUGUAGCUCUGACCAUUCAUGAUUAUUAUACAGUAUUAUAACUUUAAUUAGCGAUUUUGUGAUUGUAACUUAGAUUAUUGCGAUAUGUUUAGGAGGUGCAAGACAGACCAUUGUGUUGUACCUAACUACUUAUUAUAAUUGUGCUUUGUACACACUUGCCAAGUAGACAAGUAAUAUUUUGCAAUUAUGUAUAAUUAAGCACAUUCCGUAUUCAUGGUGUGCAAGUGUGUGCAAUGCUGUAUAAAUAGUGCCAUGUUUAUUGUGUAUAGUAUUAUUAUUAGGUUGUUGUCUAUUCAGUAUCAAACUAAAUAACUUUGUGCGAAGAUUUCGUGACUUAUUUGCAGUGUACUUAAUUUGUGUUUAUUAGUUAAUGAAGAAACAAUGGCAUGUACAUAAUAAUUAAUUACCGAUCACAUAUUUUCUGUAAGAAAGUAAGAGAUAAGACAAUUGAGAAUCUAUAAAGAAAAUCUCUAUUAGAUUAUAAGCAAUCCUAUUAUUACAAGACUACUAGACCCAUAAAGAUACCAGAAUAUGCAAAUUGAUUAGUGUCAAAUAUUUCUUUUAUGUUCUAAAUAAUCUCGAUCCAAAUAAAUUCUAAGACUUCCUAGAUAUUAUUUCAUGAUACCACCUAAAUAGUGAAUAUUUGUACGUUUUGAUAAAAUCCAACUUUUAUAUACGACAUAAUUUGUUUACGAAUUUUAAUAAAAUGUUUUAUUAAUUUAAUACUCAAUUCAGAUUGUAUCCUUGUAUUUUACUGGCGUAUUCUAUAAAUAAGCCUGUCAAAUGUUAAAUAUUAGAAAGUAGAAUGAAUUUUACAUGUAGUUGGACUU